AUGCCCUUUGCUGGCAGUGGCUACAAAUUCUAUCGCAACGUCCGGGACUACGGCGCGGUUGGUGAUGGCAAAACAGAUGAUACUCAAGCGAUUAAUCGUGCGGUGGUCGACGGCGACAGAUGCGGCAAGAACUGCGACUCGACAACAAUCAAAGGGGGACUGGUUUAUUUCCCCCCUGGAACCUACCUUAUCAGCACUCCGAUCAUACAGUACUACUACACACAAUUUGUGGGUGAUCCGAACAACAGACCAGUCAUCAAAGGCUCUUCGGAUUUCACUGGCAUUGCUUUGAUCGAUACUGACGUAUACAUACCCGAGGGCAGCGGAGCAGAGUGGUGGAUCAACCAAAACAACUUCUAUCGCCAGAUCAGAAAUUUUGUCUUUGACAUGAUGGACAUGACUGGCACCAAUUGGGACGCUGGUCAGCAAUAUGCGGCAACAGGUAUCCAUUGGCAAGUCGCACAAGCCACUUCAUUGCAGAACCUGGAGUUUAAUAUGUCUGUUUCCAAUUCAGAAGGCUCCGCUACUGCUGUUGGUAUCUACAUGGAAAAUGGAUCUGGCGGCUUCGUCGGUGAUCUUGUCUUCAACGGCGGAAACAUUGGUUUCCGUGCCGGUACCCAGCAGUUCACGGCUACCAACCUGAAGUUCACCAACUGUCUUACUGCAGUAUCUACUGUCUGGAACUGGGGAUUUACCUGGAAGAACAUGGAGGUGACAGAUUGUUAUAUCGCUAUUGACUGCACUUCUGCCGGUGGUCUCGACGAUCAAGGCACGGGCUCAAUCGCGAUUAUUGGUGAGUCAAGUAUGGCUGUAGGCUCAUACUUUGGAGACCAAAACAACCCCAAGGUCAUGGUCCAAGUCGGAGAGCCUGGCGACAAAGGGGUUCUAGAGAUUUCGGACAUGCUUUUCACCGUCAAAGGCGCUGUUGCAGGUACCAUCCUGAUGGAGUGGAGGGUACAUGAAAGCACGCAAGGCUCAGCGGGUAUGUGGGACUCGCACUUUAGAGUCGGCGGUGCCAAAGGCUCUGAUUUGCAGCAUGACAAUUGUCCUGCAGAAACCGAGGGAACCACCAAAACAUAUUGUGUUGCUGCUUCUAUGUUGCUCCACAUCACUUCGCAGUCUUCCGGAUAUUUUGAGAAUGUCUGGGCAUGGGUUGCCGACCAUGACCUCGACCCAAAUGCCCCUGGACUCCCUACGCUCGGUGGUCAAAUCAGCAUAUAUUCCGGAGGAGGUGUCCUCAUCGAGUCUCAAGGGCCGGUCUGGAUGUACGGCACCGCAUCCGAGCAUAGCGUCCUCUAUCAGUAUCAACUCUCUGGAGCCAGGAACGUAUACAUGGGACAUAUGCAAACAGAGUCGCCUUACUUCCAGACUAGACCAGCUGCUCCCGAGCCUAUCACUCUAGGUCACUUUGCGAACGAUCCUACCUUUUCGGAUUGUGACACAAGCUCGAAGACUUGCGCCAUGUCUUGGGGAGUCCGAAUCCUAAAUUCGCUCGACAUACUCAUAUAUAGCGCAGGCAUCUACAGCUGGUAUGAUGACUACAGUCAGGUUUGCGUCCCGUUGGAGUCUUGUCAAGAUCGCAUCUUCCAGACUGAAUUUACCGAACGACUUUGGAUAUUCAAUCUGUUUACCAAGGGUGCCGUGGAAGCGAUGAGUCCUGGAGGUGGGUACACGACAGAAAUUAGUGCUUGGCUUGAGCUCUCAGCAAUGGGCAGCGAGAUUGGCGAUACAGGGAGUGGCAAUGGAGAGAGGGGCGUAGUCUACAUCGAUCCAUCGGUGUGGGAAGCUGCAGAGCCCGAAGUGCAGUGUCAACCUCCUUGUACGCUGGUCAUGCCUCCUUUGUCGCUAGACACGGAGACGACUAUUUCAUUUCCUCUCUACACGACCUCUAUCAAGCAAACCUACGUACAGACCAGGACAAGCGAUAUCUUUGGCACCACAACGACGAUCAUUCGCCAUUCCAUCGAUACCAUCCCGACCACCAUCACGAUACCACCUGUCACUACCGACAAGAUCAAUGUCUGGCGUCAGACUUUCACAUCUGGCGAAGUAGAUCCCAAGGUCAUCGAACAGACCAGUAGUAUCGACUUACCUCUCAUAACCAUGACCGUAUAUGUGACCGAGAUUGUAUACCCCGGAGGACAAACUUCAACAACGCUCGCACCCAUAACGUCCACCGUAACCCUACCUCCAUAUCCAUGGUCUCAAACCACCAAAGACCCUGUCCUCAACACAAGACCCACAUCGUGGUACAAGGGCGAUGCAUUCCCCACCUGCACCAGUGGCUGCGGCCAGAAGUGCAAGCUUUUCUGCUCAGGACCCUGUCUUUUCUGUCUUCCACAUGGUGGGAGCUCUGGAGAAGGGGGUGGAGGUGCAGACGAUGAUGACGAUGACGAAGAAUGUUCGACCCAGACCGCAUCCUCGUGUUCUACCCAGUGCGUCGGAGCUUCGUGCACGACUUCCUGCGCCACAAAGACUGCGUGCUCUGCCAAAGGCACAAAUACUGCCGCCACUGCACUUAUCGCGCCCGCGUACUUUAUGACUGUCGAACAAUGG